AUGAUUCCAGGUCAAGUGGACAAAAAUCACGCAACUUACACGGACAAGCAGCUGGAAGACCUGCUGGAACACGUGUUGAAGCACACGGACAUUGAUAAGGACGGGUACGUCGACUAUCUCGAGUACCGGGUCAGCAGCUACAAGGCCAGGGCUAAGGCGCAGGGUGCUCCGAAGACUGCAGGAGCUGAAGGCGUGAAAGUCGAGAGCCCGACGGUGUAUUCAGACGACGAUCUGACGCAGAUUGUGGAGGGGGCACUGGGUCAGGCAGACAAGGACAACGAUGGUUUUAUCACCUACGCCGAGUUUAGAGAUGUGGCCUCCCCACACUAA